AUGUCAGUCGAGGCCAGAGUCAGCUGCACGACCACUUGCGCUUCGGAGACCGAUGGUUCGUUCUCGUUAAUCCCCUGGAGGUAUUUGUAGCUUCUCAGCUACAUCUCCUCCCCUUUCCUCCUUUCUCUGUUUUCGUCUCUGCGCGCGCGAUGCGCGUGGAAUCUUUAUCUAACGAGUUAGCAAUUCUCUUAAAACAAUGGCGGGGAUAUAUGGAAACGAUUAAUAAAAGCAACGAUUAAUAAUUUAUAAAAUGACUCGAUUCGCGAAAUAUUUGUAUAAUCAUUUUACGUUUGCACCUGCUCUUUGUCUCCCUUCUCUCGUCGAUUCUUCGUCGAAAUUUAACGAAAAUCGGCAAGAAUGAAAUUGUGGCAACGGGAAAUUCCCCCUGGGAAAUAUCGUAUCCGUUGACGAUCGAAGCAUAUCUGAGGCGGAGAAGUCAAAGAUGAUUAAUUUCGGUGGAUAGAAUUUCUCGCGAGAAGAAGAAGCCCGACGAGCGACAUAUUACGGUUUCGCUAUUAAUCAUAGCCGAGGAGCAUCGUUUAGGAAUGAUCUAUGCGGGUGCUAACGCGUUUAUAGAGCAGCCGUUAGUCGAAUGGGCCCGAUAACCGAUAACGAUCGCAGCCCGACUUCCGUUCGUUCGCGCGAAACAGCAACGUCCGCAGUAUUUUCUAAAAUGAUAUUCGUCUGUAAAUUAAUGGCAGAAGAGUAUCAUACGACCGAUCAAUCUAGAACCUAUCAAAGUCGCAUUCCUCGGAAGUAGAAUUACCAUCUGAAUUAUUAAUUGCCGAUCCGAUUCUUCUUCUGCAACAAUUUGCAAAGAACGAUAUCGCGAAUUAGAAAAUUCCGUGUUCCAACGUUGUCGACGUUGAUCCGUAAAUCCUUGUGAAAACGCCUACAGACGGAGAUUACGAGACGUCGAGCGAGGGUGCGAUCCGCGACGUGCAAGGGAAACAAAUAAUAAAGGAGAUACUGCCGAGGAGAAUGGGCUCGGGUUCACACAUCGACGCGGAGAAGUCAUCGAGGCUGUUGUCCCGCGACGAGGAAGCAGUCUUUUCAUCCAGCGUUCUGUCCAAGUCCGAGCCAUUGUUGAAGAGCGUCAGCUCGUUGAAAGAGGAGGACGACGGAGAGAACAUAGCUCUGACGUCAGAGUCUUCCAUAGCGCGUCGAAGGAAGAUGAAGAUGAUCGUGGCUCGGAUUGGCCCGCUGUUGUCCUUGUCCAACAGCUCCGCAAACACCUCCGAGAUCGACGUGGUUGAUGGAAACUACGAACCCAAGAAACUUGAGUCGAAAACCGCGUUACCUGUGCUCCAGAGUAUCAGCAACGAUGGACCAAGCUGCGCCAAGGAAGUGACGUUCUUCGACCUGCCAGAAGACGCAUCGUCCAAAGAGUUCGACCAAGAAGGAGAAAGCACCAAAUCCUCGAACAGAACAGGACGCUCCGCGAGGGAGAGAAUUCUAGAGAAGUCGAGGAACGUGCGAGACAACGACGACCUGAUAGGAAUCGCCGAGAAUCCCCACCCAUCCAUCAAGUCCUUUUACUUUCCCCCAAUACCGGAGAAAGAGCUCUCUUGUCUGCACCGUUCGAGGCAACAGCCGCGGAUCACAAAGGACACGGACGCAAUUCAGAAGAUAGACGGCGAGCUAGGACCCCUUCAACACCAGCUAAACGAAAUUAGGGGGAAAUUUCGGGCGUUGAAUCUCAAUGUCCCUACGCUGCUCAAUCAGGGUCAUUACUCCCGGCAUGCACCGCUCACUGACGUGUCUGGCUACUAUCUGCACAGAACGAAGACUUUCGGUCGAGACGCCAACAUGAACGAGGUGGCUCGUCUGGUGAACCAGUAUCAGGUUCAAAGCAACAGAAACUACUUCGAGACUGGAUCUUUCUAUCCAGCUCGGAGUCCUGUCGUUAGAAACGAGAACAACGAUUCUCGAGGUUACUCGGUGAAACAGGUUGACAGGAGCGUGUCAACGAUGGCCAACGAUUGGCAGCUCGAAGACGCCAAUACCUACGUGUCCGUGAAGAGUUCUUACGCUAAUUUCGGGGACCCAGAUCUGUCCGGGUCCCUGAUCCCAUCUGUCAGCAGUUCUUGCUACAGGCCCUACAGAGACAGAGGCUUCGAUUGUCACGGUGCACACGCUUCCAGGUACUACAACGAGCUGGAGUUUGACAGACCCAACAACAGUAGUUUCGUGGAGAAGAGCGAGACUAGUGAACUAGCUGAUCACAAGAGCCGGAAUAUCGUCAGGAUCAAAGGACUGGAUAAAAUGUCGCAGGCAGGAGUUGGCUCUGGAUCUGGGAAGUUGACUAGGACCUUAAAUAUCUCGACUGCCACCUCUAGACCAGAGUUACGCGCCAUGAGUGUCAAUACUUCUGCAGAGAAACAGUACGCAGGUAUUGGUGAGAGUUUGUGGAAGGUGGAUUCCAUCGACGGCUUCACGAGACCUCAAGAUCGGAGUAUCUCAGCAUCUCUGGUAGUGGUUGGGUCUGACGGAAGCAGCAGGACUCGCUACGUGAAUUACAAUCGCGUGGAUAGCCGAUCGUCGCUGGUGAUCUCGAGUUCAGAUCUGAAGAAGAAGCAGAAACCGAGAUCGAAAGAAUUGACAAAGAACAGGGAGACCAGUGCACCACUAAGCACAGAAGCGACUAAGACAGACGAGAGAGUGGUGAUCGUGCCAAUUGUGUUCACGAAUGGCAUGCCAGAGCCUCCGAAGCCUCCUCUCUUUCACUUCGCCAGAUCCAGGUGUCGUUCGCCGAAGAUGAAUCACCAUUUAGCCAAGCUAGACAAUCGAUCGUCCUCCGUGACUCAGAACUACAGCGCGUACUCGGGCAACAGCGUGGAAUCGUCGUAUCUGAGCCAGAAGCUGACGAACAGGAACAGUGGGAUGUCGAUGUCUUGCGUGAGUCGGACUGACUCGCGUUGGAAGAACGCCUCUCAUUUGUCAAACACUACGAAAACCACGUCCGAUCGCCAUCGUAGCAGAGGCAGACAUAGUCGUUCGAGCAAAGAGCAGUUUCAGCCGGCGAGGAGAGCGAGGAAGAGGGCGAUUCAGGGGAUGAUGAGCUCGCCAGAGGAGUUCCUUUGCGACACCUGA